AUGGCUACUCAAGACACUGUCGACUCCUGGAGCGAGCCUCAUGCUCCCAAGGCCGAGGCCAUCAAAUCAUUCAAGGAGCUGGAGCCUACCCUCAAGAAAGAGCUCAUCCACCUCCGCCACGACCAUGAUAAGCACGAGAAAGAGUACUUCCAAGCAGUCGCGCACCUCAGCGAUGACGAGCUGACGGGCUUUACUGCCGAUGACUUUGACCUCGUCCGCGUCGGCCCAUCCGCCUACGGCAUCCACAUCUUCGGGCGCGUCAAGAUCCCCGCCCUGUCCGAGGAUGGGCCGUGCUACGUCUUCUUCCGGCUGUGCGACAAGGGCAAGGAGGAGGCCGCCACUUUCCACAGCUUCCACACCGAGGAGGCCCCCGACACGGCCAACGGCGGGUUCAAGUAUCGGGCAAUCUUCACCAAGGACGACCCGAUCGAGUGGUUUGACGACUAG